ACUUACUGAAAUUAUUGUUACAGACAUAAUUAGCGCUAAAGAUAUUGGGAGGUACCAAAGUAUUCUAAAUGUAUACUAUAGUAUCUCUUCCAUAAUCGGACCUUUUUUGGGUGGUGUUUUUACAGAUCAUAUUACUUGGAGGAAUAACAUCACUUUUUAUGCCCUUGAUCUCAUGGAAAACGAGCUUAAUAAGUCAUUAUCUUCGUUGGGGACUUUUUCACAUGUUAAACUUGUUGGCCUCUGUGCCACUUAUGAAGAUGGAAUGGACUUUAUAGCAACUUUACCAGAUAAUAAACAAAAAACUUUCAUGUGGUUAGGCUCCUCAAUUGGAGAUUUAAGUAGAGAAAUGGAGCAAACUUUAUCAUCGUUUCCAAGAAAAAGGCAGGGCAUCAAUGCUGAGUUUGCAAUGAAUGCAUUGGAUCACCUUAAUGUUAUUUUUGAUCAGCCAUUUAUCAAUCGUAAUAAUUUUCAACCUAUAAUGAAGAUGAAAGUAGACGUGAAUGAUAUUAUCGUUUCUGAUGAUAUCAACAAAGAAAAAAUCAAAAUCAACGUAAAAGAGGAUGUACUUAUUCUAAUUGCAUAUUCUUAUAAAUAUAAUAAAGCUGAAAUUACAAAGCUUUUUUACGAUGCACAUUUAGCUCAUGUAGGAAGCUGGUCUGAUUCUGAUUUUCUAUAUGAUCUUCACUUAAUUUAUAAACCUCCAUUCUUCUUUACACGUCCUCAAGAAUUAAAAGGGUCUGUACCAACCAUUUCAAUCUUCGAAUAUCAAGAUAAAGUUAGGCAAAGACUUUUACGUAUUUACGAUGCUUAUAAGGAUAAGCAAAUACCACGUUCUUUAGUGCAAUUCAAGGGUCUUUUACCACCAAAAGGUGUUGUUAUCCCGAAUUUGCGCCAACCGAUUCAUAAAGCUUCAGGUGCAAAAUUACUGACAAUACAAACACAAACCAUUACACUUGGUCAUGAUGAUAAUGAGGAUCUUGACGACUCGGUUGAAACAUUUAAGAUUCAAUCACGUCCUAUAACUAAUAAUGAAUACUUGGAAUUUAUGAAGGUAACUGUGAAUCAGAAUUACCCAUUAUCUUGGAUUCUAAUAGAUCUUUCAUCAUUUGAGUAUAGAGUUCGGACCGUAGCGAUGAAUUGGCCUGUAUUGAUUGGCCUGUAUUGUUGCGUUUUGAACAAGCAAGCCAUUAUGCUGAAUGGAAGGAGAAUUACGAUGUUUUAUGAUACUUAUUCACGAAACCUAAAUUCGGAUUUGCCUAUUGGCAUCCAACUGAUGUCCCGCAGUGCGUGGGCAUGUCCUUCUACCAAAUUUGAGGAAUACCCUGGAUUCGUUAAAAGUAAAUUAUAUCCCGGAAAUUCUUCUGAUUUGUUUGAUGGAAAACAUUAUGUAAUCCUCGGUGGAUCAUG